UGUGUGAACUGUGGAAAAAGUUUUAGUCUAAAACAGAAUUUAACUCAGCACAUGAGGAUUCACACUGGUGAAAAGCUGUUUUCAUGUGUGAACUGUGGAAAAAGUUUUAGUCAAAAACAGGAUUUAACUCGGCACAUGAUGAUUCACACAGGUGAAAAGCCGUUUUCAUGUGUGAACUGUGGAAAAAGUUUUAGUCUAAAACACAAUUUAACUGUGCACAUGAGGAUUCACUCUGGUGAAAAGCCUUUUUCAUGUGUGAACUGUGGAAAAAGUUUUAGUCAAAAACAGGAUUUAACUCGGCACAUGAUGAUUUAUAAUGGUGAAAAGCCGUUUUCAUGUGUGAACUGUGGAAAAAGUUUUAGUCAAAAACAGGAUUUAACUCGGCACAUGAUGACUCACACUGGUGAAAAGCCGUUUUCAUGUGUGAACUGUGGAAAAAGUUUUAGUCUAAAACACAAUUUAACUGUGCACAUGAGGAUUCACUCUGGUGAAAAGCCUUUUUCAUGUGUGAACUGU